CAAAGAACAUGCCUUGCUCCCUCUCCUCUCCCAUAAUUUCUCUUCUUCUCCACCCUCCAACCAUGCUACUACUUCUCAUCCUCCCUCUUAUAAUACUACUAAUUCUUUUCACCUUUUUUCCCUUGUCAAACAAAAUCACCAUUGGUGCUCCCCCCCUCCCCCCCUCACCCCCUAAGCUCCCCAUCAUCGGCAACCUCCACCAACUAUCUCCACUUCCCCACCGCUCCCUCCGCGCCCUGUCCGACCUCCACGGCCCCCUCAUCCUCCUCCGCCUCGGCCGCCAUCCAACCCUCGUCGUCUCCUCCCCUUCCGCAGUCCAAGAAAUCACCCAAACACAAGACCACCUCUUCCUCAACCGCCCCCUCUUCAAGGCCACCCAUGAGCUCUUCUACCAUGGCCGCGACAUCGCCUUCGCCCCCUACGGCGAAUACUGGAGAGAGAUGAAGAAGACUGCUAUUCUCCACCUUCUUAGUAGCAAGAAGGUGGAGUCCUACAAGAAGGUGAGGAAGGAAGAGGUGGGCUUCAUGAUGGAAGAGAUCGGGAGGACGAUGACUACAGCGACAAACAUGACGGAGGUGUUUAAUUCUCUCUCGAGGGAUGUUGUCAGUCGAGUGGUGAUUGGCCGGGCAGCAAGGAGGACGUGGUGGGAGCAUGGCUUGAGGAGUCUUAUAGAUGAGAGCUCCGAGCUUACCGGAGAGUUUUAUGUUGGUGAUUAUAUUCCAUUGUUGGGGAGCAUAUUUGGGGUUGUAGGAGGAUUUGAGAGGAGGCUGAGGAACGUGUUUCAGAGAUCGGAUGAGCUGCUGGAACAGAUAAUGAGGGAGAGGAGGAAGGAGGAAGAUGAUGGUAGUUAUGUUGCUAAUCAUUCUUUUCUUGACUGUUUGUUGACUCUGCAGGGUAAGAUGAAAUGUGAGGGGGUUGCUUUUGAUGAUGCCAGUAUUAAAGCUAUUGUUAAGGACAUGUUCGGCGCCGGAACAGAGGCAACCUCCAUCCCCAUGGAAUGGGCCAUGGCCGAGCUUCUCCGCCAUCCAGCAUCCAUGAAAAAACUCAAACAAGAAAUAAUCAACACCGUCGGCCCCAACGAAACCAUCAUCAAAGAAAAACACCUAUCAAAGAUGAGCUACCUCAAAGCAGUAAUCAAAGAGGUUCUCAGACUCCACCCUCCAGGCUCCAUAAUUGUCCGCCGCCAUCUCACAGAAGAAACAACCAUCAACGGCUACAGAAUCCCCAAAGGAACAAUGGUCCUCAUCGGGGCUAUCUGA